GACAGCAAAAUUCUGCAAGACAUAGAAAAAGCCCUCAACAAGGCUAAAAACAACCUUGAGCAUUUAAAGACUUUAGAAGAGCUAUUUCAACAGUUGGUCACCAAAACAAAACAGGAAGAAAGCAAGAUUGCAGAUGUUAUUACUGCCAAGUUUACAGAUUGUAUGGCUUCUCUGAACUCAAGGAAAAGGAAGAUUGAGGCAGAGUUGGUAAUGAACACCAGUUACUAUGUAACUGAUAUACAUAGCGUCCAGGUUGCUGUUAUACAGAAAAGAAGCAAUUUGAUUGAUGCCAUAAAGACAGCAAAGGAACUGAAAACAACUCAUUCAUUAGAAUCCUGCCACAGCUUAAAUCAGGCUCUUUGCAACUUAAAUGUAUCAAUUGAAGACGAAGUCUUAAAACUAAAUAAUCUGAAAAAAAGAACACUUCCAAGGUUUUACAUGGACUAUGAUGAGAUAAACCAUAUGUUUGAAAAGAUAGGUAAAUUUUCCUAUGAUGCCUCAAAUGUGUACAACUUUGAAGACAGCUCUCUAAAAAUGAAUAAUGAACUUGAUACUUCACAUCAAGUAUAUAUAAAUCUUGUUAAAGAAGUUGAUGUAAUUCCUCCUUUGGAAGAAUCUGAUGAUAUAUGUUUUGAAGGAGCCCACCUGCAAGAAAUGGCUCCAUUAUCCAUUCAGAAACACACUGCUGCAUUAUCUCAGGUCACAUCUACACCAGAUGUUAUCAUUGAAGAAAUAAUUGAAGAUGAUCAAGAAAAAAUUCCUGAAUAUGUUAUUGUCAGUUCUGUAAUAAAUCCAUGUCACUUCUAUGUUCGGAAAGUUUCCCAAAAGAAAACUGCAAUCUAUUUGGAAAAAGUUUUGAAAUACUAUUGUAGGAAUAAUUAUUUAUCUCCUAUUGACAUUUUGGAACUAGGCACAAGGAUUUUGGUUAAAAGUAAAGAACAUGGAAUGUGGUGCCGUGCAGAAAUAAUUGAACUAAUUCCACUCCUGAAUAGAAAUGAGGGGAAACCUUGUGGUCUGACAAAAUACAAAAUUUGUGAUAUUGCAAUUAUGAAAGUAUUCCUUAUAGAUUUUGGGCAUCCAGAAGCUUUAAUUAUUUCAGGAGUACCUAAUGAAGUUACUGUGAAUCCAGAACAUGUUACUCUUAAAUACAUGAUGGUUGAAGAUCUAUGUUUGGUUGUAAGAAAAAUGGAUUUAUCUUUAGAGACUCGGCUCAGAGGUAUAAGUAAGCUAGCCCUACAGUGUUCACUAAAGGGCAUUGUUCCUAAGAAUUCAGAAAAAGGUUGGGGUAGAGGAGCGAGGAUAGAAUUUUUGAGAAUGGUAAAUAGCAAAGCUGUUCUGAUGAAAAUUUUUAGAGAAGAGAAUGGUGUGCUUAUUGUAGAUCUUAUGAAGCCUCCAGCAAACAAAAUAAGCAGUGACAUGCCUGUGUCCCUCAGAGAUGCUCUAGUUUUCUUGGACUUAGCAAGCUUUCAGAAUGAAUUUUCUGAUUGGUCAGAAAACUCUGUACCACUGAAGUACUAUCCACCUGUGAUGCCACGGGAAAAUACAGAGGUUGCCGCUGUUGUUAGUUACAUUAAUAGCCCUGGCGACUUCUACAUUCAGCUGUUAGAACAGGGUCCCGAAUUUGCAGCUUUUCUAAAGAAAGUUGAAGAAGUGUAUGAAAAUGAACUAGGACCCGACUUGCAAAUCCUUUGUCCAACCCAAGGCCAACCAUGUGUGGCCAAAUUUGAAGAUGAUGGUGUUUGGUACAGAGCACAGGUGAUUGCAUUGCCAGGUCAUCAAGAAGUUGAAGUUAAAUAUGUUGACUAUGGUAAUACUGCUAAAAUAAAUAUAAAAGAAAUUUGUAAAAUAAAAGAUGAGUUUUUAGUUCCCCCAGAAAAGGCUAUCAGGUGCAAAUUGGCUUAUAUUAGGCCAUGUAAAGGAGCCACUGAAUGGACUGUCCAGUCAAAGGACAGAUUUGAACAACUGAUUCAGGAUAAAUGUAUGCUCUGCUUUGUUACUGAAAAAGCAGAAGACAACGUACUAUCUGUUGAGCUCUAUCAAAGUGUAUGUGUCCCCUCAAAGCAGUCAGGCAGUGUGAAUAAUCUUUUGGUUAAAGAGGGCUUAGCAUCUUACAUAACAGGUGAUAACAAAAUGAUUGCUACAGCAUGUAAUGAAAUAUGGGAUCCUGAUCUGGAGGACAUAUUCAAAACAGAGAAAUCUUUAUUAAAACUUAAGAUUGAAGAUUGGCCAUGGAUGGAAGAUUUAGUUUUGGAAAGUAAUAAAGAAUUGCAAGUGCAAAUUAAUCACAUUGUAUCUCCUAGCAAGAUAUUUGUGCAUUUUAUGUCAUCAGAAAAAAUUCUAAAAAGAACGUUUCUUUUGCAGGUAUUCCUUAUUGAUUUAGGCAUAGUCAAAACUGUGGAUAUUACCUGUCUAAGAGAACUUGAACAGAAUCUGAAGACUAUCAGACCACUUGCAGUAGAGUGCUCAUUAACAAAUAUAAGUCCAACCGGUGGGACCGAACAGUGGACAGCAACUGCUUGUGAUGUUCUUAAGUCUUACUUAACUGGAGCUGUUGUAAACUUAAUAAUACAGGAUACUGAUUUGUCACCUUUGCCUGUAAAAAUAUUUUGCAAAGAUGGACAAAACUGUACUGACGUUUCAGAAUACAUGAUGAAAGAAGGCUUAGCACUUAGAAAAAGAGCACCUAAAAUUCAUCCAAAUCAAGCUUCCUCUGGUAAACUACAAAAGAAUGUGGACAUAAACCAGCUGGUUUCAGAAAAAGAAAGCCCUUCUAAACUGGAAAAGCAUUUUGAUCCUUCAAAUACUGAUAGUAAGCAACAAGAACUGAAAAUGUCAGUGGCUAAGCCUCUAGUGGUUGAGACCUAUAAACUACCAGCUCUUCCUAGCUCGGAUUGCUUCAGUGCUACGGUUAGCUGUGUUUCAGAUAAUGGAACAAUUUAUGUGAUUCCCACAUCACAAGAGCAAAAGUUAAAAGAGUUAAUGUGUAAUAUACAAGAUAAUGUCAAAGGUUUAGGCCUUCUGAAACCCUAUAACUGGAAAAAUGGAGAAGCUUGUGUUGUAAGAGCAGCAGAUACAAUGUGGUACCGAGGUGAAGUUAAAGAUGUUGGCGCUGGCAUUGUAAAGGUACUUUAUAUAGACUAUGGAUAUACUGAGAAGAUUCCUCCAUGCCAUCUAUACCCCACUAUUUUGUAUGCUGAGAUACCUCCAUUUUCUAUACCAUGUCAGCUGUAUAAAACUGUACCAGUUGGCAACAUUUGGCAGCAGGAUGCCGUUGAAUUGCUUAAAGAGAUACUUACAAAAAGAUCAGUUAAAAUACGCAUAAUGGAGCAGUCAGAUCUUCCUUCGGGGAAAGUGUCUGUCAAACUCUGGUUUUCGGGGAUGUCACUAUCUUAUUUCAUGGCAUUCCAUAAACAUUGUAUUACCAAAGAUGAUGGUGAUUCUAUACCAACAUGGGAUAUGCUAGAAUCCAGUAAUGAAACCUUGGAGGAAAAUUGUGAAAUCAGUUAUGAGGGAUUACUGAAUAUUAAACUAAAGACUCCUCUUUUACCAUCAUAUAUGUCCGCAUCAUUGCCUAUCCUUGGAGAACACUUUCCAGUGAAAGUAACACACAUUGUGUCACCGAAUGAGGUCUAUAUUUCCAUUGUUCACUCAAACAGUACCAGCCAACAGAGAGAGAUGGAUUCUGACACUCUAGAGAAAGCCUUGGCUCAAUGUAAUCAGAACAUAGACACUCUUCCACGUCCAACUGAUUUUCAAAAAGACAUGCCCUGCCUCGCGGAAUAUAGUGAUGGUUUGUGGUAUCGAGCAAAACUCAUUUCUAUUCUUGAGUUCAAUCCUGUUUCAGUCCUUGUGGAAUUUGUUGACUAUGGAUCAACUAAAACAUUGCCCGCAAGCAGGUUGCGUCAGAUUCCUCCUAAGCUCAUGCAAUAUCCUGCUCAAGCAUUCAGAGUGUUACUAGCUGGAUUUAAACCUGCUCUAAAUGAUUCCGCAACAGAGAGAAUUCCUUACUGUUCAGAAUGGAGCCUAGAUGCCUUGUGGGCUGCAAUGAACUGCUUUGAAGGCAAAAACCUCAGUGCUUCUUCAGUGACACAUGCACCAGAGCAUAUUAUAUUUUUAUACGAAAAAGGACGUCUCUUUCACAUGAAGCUUGUGGAAAUGGGAUUUGCAGAACUGACACAAUGA